CGCCUCCGUUAAUUGAUUUAUUGUGCUUGACGGGAUGAGUCCACGGAUUCAUUGAUUGGAUACUUGUGCUAUACUCUGUUUUCUUCCAGCUCGAUUCUGUAUCAGUGUCUACAAUCUCUUCCACGAUGAAGUCUCUGGUGCGAGUAUGUUGUUUUGCGUCGAUAUUGCUGGUCGUCUCUUCAAAUGAACAAGGCUACAGUCAUACCAAAGUUUACAACAAAGAGGACGGUUACGCUCAUGAGUCAAAAGAAGUACACGGGCCUCACGGCUACGCCUACACGUCCAGCUACAGCCACCCUCACCACUCGGCCAGCCUCCUUUCUCCGUUGGGCUACUCCUCUCACAUCAGCCCAUCGCUGGGUUACACCUCCUACAUUAGCCCAUCUCUGGGCUACUCCUCCUACAUCAGCCCCUCGCUGAGCUACGGGGCCCCUUACAUAAGCCCAUCAUUAGGCUACUACUCUGGUUCUCCGGCCACUAGUUACUCGAACUAUAAUAACUACGGAUACGGCUCACCGUAUUGGGGAUCGUCUUACGGCUACUCUAAGGGUCAUGCGACAAGUUACGUGAAAAACUACAGCUACGGAAAGCACGGAGGUUACGGAUAUUCGCUGGGUCUAGUGCACUCUGGACUACCCUACGCCGUAGGCUCUUACGGACUCGGCGUGUAUGGCCUGGGUUACGGAUAUGACCCUGAAUUAGACCCGGAUCUAGAUGAGGAUUUGGAUGAUUUGGAUUCGUACAUUGAGCUUCCGUUGGAGUUUUUGAACUAUAAGCUGGUCCCGGAGCUUAACUUUUUGCUCAGGAAGUAAGCGUGACGUAGUGAAAAUUGUGAGCUUGAAAAUCAAACAUGUUUUGUUCACACGGAAAAAAGUAACAAGGUGGCUUUCAAUAUGUGCCUGACUGAUUUUUGCAGUUACCAGGAACUUUUUUUGUAUUAGCUCCCCUCUUCUGUUACAACUUAUUAAGUUGGGAUGUAACAUAUGAAAAAUAUAGUUAAAUCAACUUUAUGCCCUGGUUACCGACAGAAUCAGCCAGCUGUAAUUCAUAUUUUCUCAUUUCUUUUCGAGGAAAUAUGAAAAAAUCGGCAAGGAAGAAAAACCCGUGAGUGAUAUUGCAUUAAAGAGUAAUCCAACGAUAAAAUGAUAUUAAAACAACUUGCGUGCUGUAAAUCCCGUGUUAAUGUUCCUAGGUGUGCGCGAGUAUUCCAUUUUGCGUCGCAAGUCAGUAUGUAGGAUAAUAAAUUUUUCCUUUUUUAGAUGUACAGGAAAUUCCGACGAUUUUACGAUAUCAAAAUGGAACACUCACCAGCUAUCGUGUCAUAAACCUGUAACAGUUUUCUAGUGCUGUGCAUACGCUUUCGCUUGUAAAUAAGCGCGCACUACGAUUAAAAUGUUUUGUCUAGUGCAUACAUCAUAGGGUUUUAGUGAUUACAGCAUCUGAAGUUCAUUACACACCCGAUGCUACCUCAAAAAGCAUCUUUUUCGUCUUUUCCCCCUUUUAUGUCCUCAUUUAAAUAUUAUUAUUUCACUAAUUAAAUUUUUACUGGCUGACAUUCUCGUCUCUCCUCUAAUUUUAACCGGGGUAAAUUGCAGUGCCCAAAGAGUUCAUUUUAUUCAAAAACUUGGCUGAUUGGAGGAGAGAUCAAAAGUUCUGUCUGAUAAUAAUUACGUAGGAGCAAGCGAUAUGUGGACACUCUUUUUCAAUUAAAUUAUACAGUAAAUCGCAAAAAACAAUCAGCAUAAGGCUUAUUAUAUAGAUUUUAUGAUCUGAUAUUUAACCUUUCAUUUAGCUUAUCAAUUUUUUUUCGUGGGAAACUACGCUUAGAGCAAUAAGAGGAAUUGAAAAGAAGUCAUAUCAUCACAGCAUGCACUGUGAUGAUAGUACUGUGUAAUAGUUUCUCUAUCCUCUCAGCAAUUUUUUUGUUUUAUUCUCAUUUUCUUGUAGAUAAUUCUUAUCAUAUUCUUAAAUGAGGAUUUAUGUAAGGCACUGUGGAAAGUGCUUCCUUCGAAGUUUUCAUUUAAAUGGAUUGCUAGAAUAAAAUUCACCUGGUUAAGCAAAACAACUGCUUUUCUGUAAUAAAUACUUUUAAUA